AUGUCGUACCCAUCAGAUACCCCGUCUUCUCCACCAGUCCGCUCUCCAUCGUCACAAACCUCACCGCCGCCCCAGCGCUCUACCCCCAAUCGCUCGUCUUCCUACUUCACAUAUCCAGUAUCCUAUGCAGUCUCGGGCAUCCUGCGGCGACUGAACACGGAAACCAGUCCCAAAUCAGACGCGCAAUCGAGAUCGGGGUCCAACAGUAACCGCAACAGUAUAGGCAACGUGCAAUCGCAGUUGCAGUCCACCGCAUCGUCUCUCUCCAACACGUUUGCGAGUCUCGUCUCCUCCACCACCUCAGAUAUGAACGCCGUCUUCCAACCACCACAUCGGAUAGCCAGUCCUUUCCAACCACCGCCGUUGACACCGCUGAGCCUGAAAGGAUGGGGAGGUGGCAUGCGAGAAAAGGGCAAGCUCCUGAGCACGGCGCUGGCAGAAGAGAUCAGGCUCCUGCUACCUCCAAGGCUACAGCUGGUAGACGAGUGGAAGUUGGCAUACAGUCUGGAACAGAAUGGCGUCAGCUUAGGGACGCUAUACAAGCAGUCUGAGGAUUAUUGGGGAAAGAGAGGCGGCUUCGUGCUUGUGGUCAAGGACGGCAGUGGAGGUAUCUUCGGCGCAUACCUCUCAGACGCCCCACGCCCCUCUACGUCAUUCUACGGCAACGGUGAAUGCUUCCUGUGGCGCGCGCACAUACUCCAUGGUUUCUCUGACCUGCAGAUGAACCUUCCGCCCCCACCGUCAGAAGACACAACAGACGCUGUGCGAAUGACGACCAUAUCCUCACCCAAGAGAAAGGGCGAUUCGUUAGCGCCGCCACAGAAUGGUCGGGCCACUAAGAGCGGUGCGAGCACGCCAGAAAGGAUAAGAUUCAAAGCAUUCCCAUACAGUGGGGUGAAUGACUACAUGAUCUUCUGCGAGCACAGCUAUCUGAGUGUUGGUGGCGGGGAUGGUCAUUACGGUCUAUGGCUAGACGACAACCUCGAGAAUGGCGUCUCGGACACCUGCCCUACGUUUGGCAACGAGCCAUUGAGCGAUGAUGGCAAGAAAUUCGAGGUCAUGGGUGUUGAGUUGUGCAUAGGCAACAAGAUCAUCCGCUUCAAGAUACCAAAACUGGACCGUCGUUUCACCGUGCAUGAAGAUCUCAUAUGCAGAACCUCUCGAUUCUUCGAAGACCGCCUCCAGAAACAUCGGAAGCCCAUCUCCAACAGCGAUGAGUGUUGUGUCUGCGCUGAAAAUCUGGACGCUACGUUAAAAGACAUCUCUUUCUGCGCCAAGUGCGGACAAAACAUCCACGAGGUCUGCAUCCAAGCUUGGAAACGCUCAUUCACCGCCAGUGUUGAUGAAGAUUCUUUACCGACAUGCCCGAUGUGUCGGGCUAGCUGGAAGAACGAUCCGCCGCUCGAUCAUCUAGACCUGAAGCCUGGCCUGGAUCCCGAGGCGGUUCAGACUUAUCUAGACUGGCUUUACACCUCCGCUCCGCACAUACCUUCCCAGAUUUCUUCUAGCAAAAAUGCUUCCAGUCUGGUGAUGCUCAAACUCUGGACUGUGGCCAAUGCCAUUGAAGACCCUUCUUUCAAAGCCAAAGUCAUCAUUACUUAUUUUACAAAAGAUCCUAUUCCCUUUCCGGCUUGUAGUCUCAAGUGGGCUUUCGUAGAGCGAAAGCGUGACGACGAAAUCCGAGAAUUCAUCAUUGACUUAGGUCUUGAGUUCAUCAAGCCCGGUGUCUUCAAGAAAGCCAGCAAGAUCUGGCCCGGGGCUUUCAUCGGCGAGCUGGCAGAUGCAGCGAUGGUCCGAUGGAGAGAUAGGGGGGGGCCUCAAAACAUUGAAGAAGAUGUGGAUGAAAAAGCUGAACAUAGAGAUGGACCCCCAACGAAAAAAGGACACUUGGAGAAGAUGGCCUAUGCCGAGAAGCGUGUCAGUGUUCGAAAGAAGAUUGUUAUCAAAUAUGGUCGCAAAAUUGUGCGCAUCGAGGUUGCAGAUCACGAAGAGUUCAACAUUCCCAAAGACCUCCUUUGCAAAAGAUCUAAAUUCUUCCAAAAGAACCUUCAGCCGAAGCGCAAACCUUUCAGUGGGGACACAGAAUGUCCUAUCUGCAAGGCAACGCUUGAACCCGGUGUCAACGAGCUUACCUUUUGCACUAAUGGUUGCGGUCAUAAUUUCCACUACAAGUGUAUGGAACAGUGGAAUACGGAGAAGCGUGAAAACAAUCAACCAGUCAACUGCCCCUGCUGUCGUCAAAGCUGGCCCGGCGAUAGCAAAGAAAUCACAGUACAUCAAUAUCAUGAUAUCAGCCCUGGACCAUUCUCGAUGUUUAUCGAAUGGUUGUAUCAUGGCCAUAUUGCUGUCGAAGACCUCUCCGACGACUCUGAUGAUGAAGAGAUAGCUGAGACACCCGAACCCGACUUACACGAGUUGAUCGAAGCAUAUGUAAUAGGUCUCAAGCUCAAAAGCAGAACGUUUUGUCGAGAUGUCCUAGAGGGAUUGCUAGAGCUUACAGAGGAAACUCGUAUCUACCCCCACCAAUGCGACAUCAGUCUUGCCUACAAUAACACGACUAGAUGUCACUGGUUCAAGGAUGGGGAGAGCAUUGAAUAUCCUACAAGAUUCCUUCAAGACUUGACGAUAGCUCUGCUCGAGAAGCGUCCUUGGGAAAGAAGCUGGGGCCUUGCUGAGAUGGAAGAAAAAUAUGUCAGGGGGGAGGUCAUUGCCUAUGGAAAUUUGGACGGCGAUGAGCCAGGAGUGAUGAAUGAUCUAUCAGAGGGACUGAUUUUGGAUUCGGAAUCAGACGAAGAAAUGGGAAGUCAAUAUUUUCCUAUACUUAUAGGCUAG